CUGAAGAACGCGAACGGCGUGGAGGCGCACGUCCUGCCCACCGGCGCUUGCGUGCAGCGCCUCCUCGUGCCAGACAGGGACGGCAAGGUCACAGAUGUGAUGCUGGGCUUCGAGGAUGUAGAACAAUACAAGAACGGCACCAGCCCUUCGGGCUGCAUCAUGGGUCGCAUAGGCGGCCGCACUUCGGGUGCCAAGUUCACGCUGGAUGGCAAGACCUACAAGCUGGACGGGAACUCAAACGGCGGCAAGGACACCAUCCACGGCGGCGGCAUAGGCUACAACCGCGUCAAGUGGACGGUCGUCUACUCCAGCCCCACCAAGGCCAAGCUCAAAUACACCAGCCCCGACGGGGAGCAGGGCUUCCCGGGGGCCCUUUCACUCCGCGUCACCUACAAGCUGACCGAAGAGAAUGAGUUCAUCAUGGACAUCACCGGCACGACCACCAAGGCCACCCCGCUCUCCAUCUUCUCCCACCCUUACUUUAACUUGGCUGGCUUUGCCGACAAUGCCACGGUGCUGGACCACCUGCUGACCAUCCACGAGGGAGACUAUUACACGCCCACGAGCGGCAAGAGCGUGCCCACGGGCGAGAUGGAGCCGGUGAAUGGCACCGCCCUGGACUUCACCUCCCAGCACGCCAUCGGCGAGCGCAUCGACGAGCUGGCAGGUAGCAGGGGAGCCCCCCCCCAGCCCAUGCUUCAUGCAGGGCCGCUCCCACCGCCUUGGCCGUGUGUUUUUGCCGCCUCUUCAUGCAGGGCCAACUAUGCCGCCACCCUGGUGCACCCAGGCUCUGGCCGCGGGCUGGACCUCCUGACCACCGCCCCUGCUCUUAUGCUGUACACCGGCAACGCCUUCUCCGGCAAGUGGAGCGGCAAGGACGGGGUGAAAUACCAGAAGUGGGCGGCGGUGGCGCUGGAGACGACGAUGUUCCCUGAUGCCAUCAACCAGCCCACAUUCCCCUCCAACGUGCUGCGCCCCGGCCAGCUGUUCCGCCAGACGACGGUGUGGCGCCUG